AUGUCGACAACGCCAGGAAAACCCAGAAUAUCAGGUAUUCCGACUCCUGGGAAGUCUAGCGGAAUCCCUACUCCAGGCAGAUUUCGUUCUUCAUCGUCCGCCAAUUCUCAACCUGCCUUUGACUCUGAUGUGGAGUUUAUGUCCCGUGCAUUCGCAAACGCGAUCAAGGCCAAUGAUCCUGCACAGCAUCGCACCAGCACUACUUCGAAUACUUCCCCUUCGUCAUCUUCUCCAAAUUCAAGUUUGGCGACAUUGCAAUCAGGCCGUCGUUCUGUAGCUGGUCGUCCUCCCUCGGUCGCUUCAACCUCUGCAUUUGCACAGAGCAGAACAAAGACUCCUGCACCACGCGCUCCAAGCAGACAGUCAGAUGUUUUUACCCGUAGCGUAAGUCGAGCCGGGAAAACAUUCGAAGUCGGAGACAAUGUCAGGAUAGAGUCUUUGGGGUUCGAGGGCUGCCUGAGGUAUAUUGGAGAGAUCGACGGUAAAUCCGGCCUGUGGGCAGGGGUCGAACUCAGUGGUGGUUUUUCAGGCAAAGGCAAGAAUGAUGGAUCUGUGGGGGGGAAACAAUACUUUGUGUGUCCUCCAAAUUGCGGUGUAUUCGUUGCUGCUAUGAAGCUCUCUGCCCCCACAAUGCCUUCAAGCUAUCGGCCUCCCUCAGUCGCCUCCUCUCGCGGUGGUCGCAUAACACCAUCCUUUUCUGGUAGAGUCACUCCCUCGCAUUCACUAUCUUUUGGAAGUGGACGUAUCACCCCGUCCAACCUCCUUAGCCGCUCCAACGCUGGCGCAACUCCUGCAGCUCGUAAAACAAAGCCAACUCCACAGUUAGGCUUGUCACAAUCGCCAAGACCCGGAUUAGACACUCAAAUUACCUCAGGUUCGAGGGCCUCCAAAUAUAUUGGUCUCACAGCCAAACAACUGAAAGCUAGUGGCGAUGGUACCCCAGAGUAUAGUCUUCGUUCUCCAUCUUCGCCAUCACGCGGACCCUCAGCUGUUGAUUUGAAUAUACACCCCUCGGAUUCUCCAUUUACCACGCCAAAGGCUGGUGCUGCUCCUCGUGCCCCCAAUGUGUACAGCGGCGCACUCACCCCCGGCCUUAAAGGCCGCACUUCUCUAAACACCCCACGCCCAAGGAUACCCAGCGCAAUUGCUAUGCCACCUCCAGCCUCGCCUGCUCGAUCAGCAUCUUUUACGUCUACUUAUUCCUUGAAUGAUGGCCCCGACCUCACAUAUGAGGACCCAACGUCGCGCGUUCGGCUGCGUUCUUCGAUGGAUCUGACUGCUUCUUCACAGGCUUUGCAGGAUAAGAUUAACCAAAUCCUCUUAGGGCAGUCUAUUUCGCCACCCAAGAUCAGUGGCACCAGUCCAUCUCGGCCGUCCUCAGUUGCCUCCCUUCGAUCUGCUUUCCCCGACAAUGACUUGCAAAAGGACGUUCUGCAUUCUCGCCUAGAAUCUCUCGAGCGCGAGAAUGCCUCUCUUCGUGAUGCGGCUGAUGCGGCUCGUGCAGACGUUGCGCUAGUCCAAGUACUCGAAUCUGAGCGCGAUACAGCUCUCGCCUCUGUUACUUCUACAGAGAACCAGCUCCGCACUCUCGAGCGUAAACUCACUGAACGAGAGUCGAAGAUUGAAUCUCUUGAACGCGCUGCGCUGAAAACAACGUCUGAACUAGAACGUAUCAAGAACGAGAACGAGGCCCGUGUCGCAGACUUGCAGGCCAAAUUUGACACGAGCGAGUUACUCGUCAAGAGUCUCAAAGAGGCAAUCGCGGUGAAAGAGGGCGUCGAGCACGAUAGGGAUGCGUUACUUAAGGCUAAGAAUGACGAAAUCGGGCUUUUAGAAGGUCGAUUGGAGAAGGUGUCGGGCGAAUUGGAGGCGGACAGAAAAGAAUUAAACGCACAGAUUGAUGAACUACGUCAAGCCGGCCAGGAAACAAUUGCGUUGUACGAAGAACGUCUCAGCACGGCAGAUUCGCGCCGAUACGAGCUCGAGGACCGAGUUAUGUUUCUCGAGGACCAAGUCAAGAAAGCCUCGACUCCUCUCUCUCCAAGCGCCGCCCUCCAACGCGCCACUUCCGCUGCUGAAAUCGAUAACGAGAAUCUUCGCGAGCAAGUGCAACACUUGCAACGCAAACUUGCCACGCUGGAGGACUCUCUCGAAGAUGCUCAUGCGGUAUCUGAACGGGAGGAAGCUGCCGUGCGCGAGCGAAUCAAACGAUUCAAGGACAAGGAGGAUGUGAUGCGAAACGAACUCAACGAGGGGCGCAAGACUGUUGAACAGGUUCUCAAAGCCGAGGCCCUCGCUAAAAGUCGCGUCGAAGAGGUCGAGGAGGCCUUGCGAGAAAGUACUCUUGCCCUCGAAAACGCCCAGGCCGAAAUCGAAAAUCUGAGAUCCGAUGUCACUGCGAGUGGCUUGCUUCGAGCCACUUCACAUCUUAACUUAGUCCAUCAGGUAGCCGGGCUAGAAACAGACGGUGUUCCCGACUCGCAGAAACUCAAAGCUGAUGAGCGCACGCGCCUUAUGGAGGAGAUUCAAGAGCUACGUGACGAACUCAAUCAAUUACGAUCAUCUGCAGCAGAAUUUGCGUCGGCUUCCUCAACAGCUGAUGACGACACCAAUUGGCAAGCGAAAUGUGAGCAAGUGCAAAAGGAGGUGCUUGUUUUGCGCAAGGGUCUCGAGGAGCGUGCUUCGGAGCUCGACGCUAUGAAGAAGAGACUUAACCGCGACAUUCCUGUCAAUGGCAUCCAAGAGCCACCGAGGACACCAACCUCAUCUAAGCAGGAAUCUGCUGAAGUAAUGGGUCUCAAGCACAUUGUUCAAGACCUGCAACAAGAGACUUCAGCAGUGACUCAGCGAAAUAAGUUACUAGAGUCUGAGAACAGACUCUUGGUGUCAGAGACCGAUCAACUUCGCCAGGAACUGAAAUUACUGGAGGAGAACAUCGAACAGAGUUUGUUGCGUGAAGAGGCUGCUCUUGGAACACAAAACACACCGGCAUCUGGUGACGAGCAGAUGGCUCGGUUAGAAAACGAACUGGAACAGUUGCGCAAGCGUUUAGCUGAAGCUGAGAUAAAGACCGCCCGCGUCACACACGACCUGAAUAAAGAGAUUGGUGAGCUAGAGGCGCUUGUGGAGUCAAAGAUCUAUCGCGAAGAUGAACUCGAGCAAGAACUCGAGCGCCUUAAAGAGAAGCUGUCGCGGAACAACAAGAAAUUGUCAAAGAAUAGCCUCGAACCAACAGAUUUACCUCCUCGCAAACGUUCAUCCACCCCAAACAGCUUUAAUCGAAGUUCUAGCGAAGACGUUUGUGAGAUCUGUGAGAGACCGGGGCACGACAUAUUCACUUGCGACCUUUUGGGGGACGACACGACCUCCGCUCGUGGCCAAAACGCAGUCAAGAAGACGAAAGGAGAUCCGUCAGACUUAUUUUGCGUUGACUGUGAGGGGCAUGGGCAUGUAGCUGCUGAUUGUCCACACUCAUUGGAUGUAUUCUGA